UGCAUUUCUCACCUAGGGAAACCUGGCCCAGAAAUGUUGUCAAGACGACUGCAUUUCCAACGGCGACUCUCUGUGUCAUGGUAACGGGAGACUUCACUGUGGGAGGUUCAUUAGGAGGAGGGGGUUCAUGUCAGACAUGAAGAACAGAACAGCUCUAAUGCCACCAGCUCUAAGGCCCAGGCAUCUUAACUAGAGGAGAGGAGAGGUGGGUAUGCUAAUAGAUAAGUUCAACCUGCUCACUACAACCGCCCACUCACGUCUCUUCUCUGUUUCUUCAUGCUUUUGUUACAGUUUGUUGACUGACACUCAAGUUGAACCCGAAUGCUCGUCACAAUACCCAUAACCCAAAGAAUCAAGAUGUUACUGAAUAGCCUUUGUCUGGUUCUUCACAAACACGCUAAAUAAGAUAGGUUUGGGUAUGCAUUGGAAUGACACAAGCACCCCUAUUCAAAGCUGUCAUUUAUUGUCUUUCAAAAUCGUUUCUUUGAGAAGAAUUGUUGGACAAUGCUGAUCGCUCAGAAAAUGGAAUUUCCCUACCUGUGUAUAAACCAGACAAUGUAGACAAUACCUCAACAGAUGGAAGCUAUCCCAACCCCAAAUCCUGAACAUCAGAGGAAUUCAAUUAUACUGACACAAAUAAUCUGAUGAAUCAUACGUUUUCCCCUCACAUCCCUACCUCUUAUGGGAAAAACACCAGUCAAAAGCCUAUAGACGCUAGACAGAACGCUUUAAAAAUCGAUUUUUGGAUUGGAGUUUAUUGUUAGAUUGACUUGGCGAUUUGAGCAUAUAUUAACAUGUCAAUGGCAGAGCAUGAUUUGUGUCUCACUAUUUGAGAAAGGGGGGAAAAAGAGUGCCAUUUUGUCUUUAGUAGUGUGACGUUGUGUGUCUACGUGACUGUAGCCUAAUUAACGAAGGGUGUGGGUUUAUGUGUGAGGUCAGCUAGUGUGUGUGUGUCAGGGAGGGAGGGGGAUAAUAGGCUAGUGUCACCCUCUCUAGGGGCUAAUACAGUAAGUGUCUGAGGAAUCGGGGAAGACUAUAGCUGUAUCAGGGACUAUGUAAGUACACCUUGACACCUUCUCAUUUCCUACAGGUAAACUGGCUGGAGAUCUGGAAUUAGAAUUGCCCAUGACACUGACUAGAGGUCCUUGAUUUUCAGGUGUUUGUAAUAACUUAGCUUCAGGAAUUUGUUAUACAUUAUGUAGUGAAGUGUGAUUUUAGUAACUACAUAAUAAUUACUUUGGUAACUCAUUUUAAAUGUAAUUUGUUUAUCAUUACAAUUCAACCAUUAUUUAACUUUACAUUUACGUCAUUUAGCAGACGCUCUUCUCCAGAGCGACUUAAACAUGAUCUACUAUUACCAUGUAUAUCUGCAUGAUAUCAUUUUAUCUAUUAAAAAAAGGGUUUCCCAAACUGUGGGUACUACAAGGGAUACGCAAGCAAACAAACUCUAGGCUGUACUUGUAACGACUCCAAUAAUUACUAAAAGUCAACACGCCUUUUUUGUGUUGUCUGAGUGUUUGAUUGAUGAUGAACAGAUGAAUACCUGAAUGAUGGAUGAACAUUAGCAUACCGGAAACUUUGCUAGCUAGUUUUCAAAAGAAUACGCAGAGACAUAAUAGGUAUACAGAUAAGAAAAACAAAGUGAGUUUUGAGGAAUUACAUUUUUUUGUGUGUGUGAAUGUUUGAUCCCUGCAGAAAAUGCUGGUAUCCCAGAAGCCUGUGCAGUCGGUCGCUGUCAUGGUUCUCGUAGUCUUCACAGUCAGUCGCUGUCAGGAGAAUGAAAGGCGAGCGGUGACAGAGCACCAGCUGCUGCAUGACCGUGGGAGGACCAUCAAGAGCCUGAAGAGACUCAUUUGGUUGUCCAGCGCCAUAGAGGGGCUCGACACCGCCCAGACCCGCUCCUCCUUCCUGCUGUCCCCCGCUGCCCUCAACCCCAUCCAGGGCUACACCCCAGGCCUCUCCCCUGCCCUCAACCCACACCCUGCUGGCUCUCAGUCUGGGGAGACCAGCAACAACCACAAGGGGUCAGUGGAGAGACUUAUGAGAAACUUAUUCGACCCCCACCUCAUGGAACUCUCUGAAGGGGAACCAUAGACCUCUCAACUCCCUAACUACACUGCACACAUGCCCAGUUACCUACCCCAAUGCUUCCCCAACCUCAUACACUCAUUAUUUGAAUGGAAAUGAUAAUCAAUAUAGUCAAGGUGCUCAGAACCUUCUCUAUUUCGAAUUCUGUGUCACUGUUUUGAAUGUCAAUGAGUAUGUUAGGCUACUGAAAGUCUGUAACAUGGACCAUGUCUCUUCUUUAUGGCUAGCUGCUUGGAGCCUGUUAGAUUUGGCAUGUUUUUCAGCCAUCAGAUCUCUGUGAAGAUGUACUGUACAGUCAGAGAUGUAAAUGUCAACUAGUGCUGUGUGCAACAAUGCAUGGUCGUCUCAUUCAAAUACAUUUUCCUUAUCUGCUGAUGAUGAGUUCAGUCAUUCUUAAUUGAUUCUUAAUUUACUCCAAAGCUCUCUUACAUUCUAUUAUAUGGCUUCACAAGAACCGAGACACAGAAAUAGCUGCAGAUUGCUUUGAAUCCCCUGACUCUGAUGGUCGUUAACAUAUACCCAGUGUUUUAGUGCCUUGAUGAGUUGUUAUUGUGUGAUGAACAAUCCACAGUCUUUUAAUAGAACCACUCUACUCGUGAAUGUAGGCUGACUGGGUCUCAGCAUUCUGAGUCCGGAACGCGAGACUAGAGCAGUGCUCUCAAGAGUAGGCUAGAGCUAGGCUUUAUCUAGAUAACUCAACAACCAAAGC